GUACGUUCCAUGCGCGUGACGCUCAACUUCUGCGUGAGGAGGGAGGGGUAAUCUUUUCAAGAUGGCGACGACCACGGAAAGUAGCGAUGCCGGGGUUGCGAACAAGAAAAAACAUCUCGGAAUCCCUGAAGCAGUCUUUGUGGAGGAUGUGGACUCCUUCAUGAAGCUGCCAGGCAAUGACACGGCCGACGCGGUGCUGAGGAGGCUGGAUGAGCAGUAUCAGAAGUACAAGUACAUGGAGCUCAACCUGGCCCAGAAGAAACUGAGGUUAAAAAGCCAAAUUCCACAGAUCAAGCAGACGUUAGAAAUUUUAAGACACAUGCAGAAGAAAAAGGACACAACGGAGCCCAUGGAGACACGCUUCCUGUUGGCUGAUAAUGUGCACUGCAAGGCCUUGGUACCGCCCACAGACAAAGUUUGCUUGUGGCUUGGGGCGAAUGUAAUGUUGGAGUACGACAUCGAUGAGGCACAGUCUCUGCUGGAGAAGAACCUGGCCACUGCCUCUCGGAACCUCGACUCCUUGGAGGAGGACCUGAACUUCCUGAGAGACCAGUUCACCACCACUGAAGUCAACAUGGCACGUGUCUACAACUGGGACGUCAAGAGAAGGAGCAAAGACAAUCUCUCAAAAAUUGCUGAGAAGUCUUAAGAGCGCAACUCCCACCAUAACUCUCACCCUCCCCUUCCCCCCCACCCCCCCCCCCCCCCCCUCUAAAAAAAGAAAAAAAACCAUUGCAUACUUUACCACCUGGUCUCUCCAUUGUCAUUUGAGUUAUAUAUAUAUUUUUUAAGAAGCUUAUUUUUCAGACCGCAAAAUUAACAAGUCUCUGUUUUUUUGUAUUGUUUGUAUUAUUAUUGGUUUUUGAUGUUGGCAGAUUACACUUAGGGGAUGGUGAUUACGUUUUUUUUAAAAGUCUGUUUAUUUAUAUGCAGCAGCCUGAACCCUUACAGGUGCUUGGCACAGCUGGAGUCUGAGGACCAGGAAAUGUCCGUGUGAUGUUUCUGUGAGGUUCGGCCCGUGGCAUCGGAGGUGCUAGCAGUGCAGCGGCUUUUCCGCGGGGCACCUUUUGAUCCUACAACAGUCGGCAAGAGUUGCGCUGAACCUUAUUUUUUAGUGGGCCAGACAGCGGCCCCAGAUUUUUGUCACAAACACCCCCCCGCCCCUACCCCCAGUCCCACGCCUCAGCUAACCCGUCCUCUGAUGCAUGUUUUCCCCUCUGUCUCUCUUUCGGUCUUGUGGUAUUUAUUUGUCACACUGUAUAAAUACUGGAAAAGAAGGAUGAAAACUGGGGAAAUGGCAAAAAAAUUAAAAAGACAAAUGUGAUUUAAAAUA